GGCUGGCGCUCGGCAAAGAACCGGAGGUUGAGGACUUCUCGUCGUCAAAAGUUCCGCUUCCACCUGUGUUUCCAAAUAAAUAAAUAUGGUUGCCUGCUGGCACGCCCAGAUCUUAUCAGAUAGAAAUCUCAAUCAGAUUUUAUCAAUCUUUCCAUCUUACACUGCUCGUUGCUGACCUAACGGCACACCAACAGUAUGGGUGUCAUUGAAGAGACGCAUGUGGUCAAAGAUGCAGAUGGCGCGGAUAAAACUCCUGCACGCCCGGACACAGCAUCCGAGGCAGGAGAAUCCCUGCAAGAGGUCUUGAAAGCGGCUGGCGUCGACGGCGAUGAGGGUGACGAUAAUGCACCGUGUCUUACCCUGCGUAUGUGGAUUUUGGGUAUCGCAUUUUGCAUUUUGGGAAGUGGCCUGAAUACACUGUAUACCUUUCGAAAACCAUCCAUCACCCUCGCCCAAUCAGUGAUCCAGUUGCUGGCUUUCCCCCUUGGAAAACUAUGGGAGAAAUGCAUGCCGGAUUGGAAAUUGCGGAUUGGCGGAUGGACCGUUCACCUCAACCCGGGACCGUUCAACUCCAAGGAGAACAUCCUGGUGUUUAUUAUGGCCAACCUGAGUUUCUUGACGCGUCUCAGUGCGGAUGUCUUGACCGAACAACAAGCAUUUUACGGUUACCACGCUGGAUGGGGAUUCCAAAUCCUCAUCACAAUGGCUACAUUUUUGGUUGGAUUCUGCCUUCCCGGAUUGUUUCGCUCGAUCAUCGUUGAGCCCGCCGACCUGCUCUGGCCGGGAAUCCUCGGUGUCACGGCCCUCAACAAGGUCCUGCACAAGACAGAGUCGGUCGAUGCUUUGCACGAGUCAAAAUGGAAAAUGUCUAGAUAUGCAUUCUUUAGCGUUGCAUUCUGUGCGUCGUUUGUUUGGUACUGGUUUCCCGAUUUUAUAUUCCCUGCUUUGAGUUACUUUACCUUCCCCUGCUGGAUCAAGCCAAACAAUCCGGUGGUGAAUCAAAUCUUCGGGAUGACCAGUGGAAUGGGUCUGCUUCCGUUGACAUUUGACUGGAGUCAAAUUGCCUAUGUCGGUUCACCAUUACUGGUACCGAGCUGGGCGAUCAUCAACGUCGGAGCGGGACUUGUGCUUUUUAUCUGGAUCAUUGCCACGGCUUUGUAUUAUACCAAUACCUGGUACACGGCAUAUCUGCCUUACCAAAGUUCCUCUGUUUUCGAUAACACCGGAAGCACCUACAAUGUUAGCAGGGUGGUCAAUAAAAUGGACGGCUAUACAUUCAACAAUACCGCAUAUGAGGCCUAUUCGCCGAUCUACAUGCCCAUCACAUACGCUCUGAAUAUGUUCGGUAUGUCCUUUGCGACAUUAUCCACGCUUGUUGUUUGGAUGAUCCUGGAGAAACACCAAUUCUUCCUUGAUGUUGGACGGAGGAUACUUGCCGUAUUCACCAAAACCGGUCGUGCUCAGCGCCGCGCCGAAAAAGCAACUAACAGCGUGCACCCGGAGGUCCCAAUGUGGUGGUACUUUAUUGCCAGCGCAGUGGCCCUGUUCCUCGCCAUUUUCAGUGUGGAAUAUUGGGAUGUGCAGCUUCGGUGGUACGGGGUGCUGCUGUCUGUUGCAGUGGCAAUCGUUUUCUAUAUACCGCUGGCGGUGGUGUACGCGACAGCUAAUUUGAAAAUCAACAUCGAUGUCUUCUGUCGAAUCGUGGCAGGAUUCGUGUUUGAAGGAAAGGUUUUGGCCAAUAUCUGGUUCUUUGACCUGGGAUACAUCACGACCAUCAAAGGACUGUACUUUGCCCAGGAUCUGAAACUUGGAAUUUACUGCAAGAUUCCACCUCGGCAAAUCUUCCUGGUACAAAUAGUUGGUAUCGUGGUUGGAACAGUCAGCCAAGUCAGUGUGGUCAACUGGGCCCUUGGCAACAUCUCUGGCAUCUGCACAACCUCGGGAACAAAUGGCUUUACGUGUCCAUUUUCACGAACCCAUUUCAACACGAGUAUGAUUUGGGGCGCUGUCGGACCUCGCCGCUUUUUCGCGACUUCGAUUGGUUACGAUAAACUUUUAUACUUCUUCAUCCUGGGCGCUCUUCUGCCAAUCCCGGUAUUCCUCCUCAAGCGGCGCUACCCGCAGUCCUUCUGGAGUUACGUUCACAUCCCCCUGUUUAUUGGUGGACUGAACUAUAUUCCACCGGCGACGGGUACCAACUAUGGCAGCUGGGCCAUUGUCGGAUUGAUCUUUGGGUGGUGGAUCAGGAGGAACUUCCGCGACUGGUGGCGUCGUUAUAACUUUGUCCUCAGUUCAGCAAUGGACUGCUCCGUGUCACUCGCAGGUGUGGUGAUUUUCUUUGCCAUCUUCUACAGUGGCGCCUCGAAGCACUUCAAGUGGUGGGGGACAAAUGUCUACAAGGAAACUUGUGACUACACCGGCUGUCCAUAUCUGACCCUAGACAAGGGUGAGACAUUUGGGCCAUAGAUUGAUGGUAAAUAAUAGAACCAUCUAGGUCGACAUCGCUUGGUUUAUUGAUGUCCGCAAACCCAACCUGUUGGGGGUGUGAUAUGUAUAUACUCUGCAUAUAGU